AUGAAUGAUUUGGCCACGCCUAACACUGCCACUCCAACGUUGACAUUUUAUCUUCAAAAUCUGACCCCCUUUCUUUCUUCAUUCGAUUUUCUGCCAAACACCACCCGUAAUACUUUCUUUGACAUCUACAUUUCUUUCUUUUUUGAGCUUCUGCUAUAUUCUUUCUUUCUUUCUUCUUUUCUUUUUUCUUUCUUUCUCUUUCUAUCUGUCUUUCUCUUUCCAUCUUUCUCUUUCGAAAUAUUUCUCUUUCGUUUCUUUCUCGUUCUCUAUCUCUUUCUUACUCUCUUUCUCGUUUCCUUCUUUCUUUCUUCUGCCUCUUUCUAUGGCCUCUCUCACUGUCUCUAUUCUGGUCCUAUAUAUAUUUCUUGCUUUGCCGCUCCCAUUCGUCUCCCCCACUCUGUCUUGGUCUCUCUCUCUCUCUCUCUCUCUCUCUCUCUCUCUCUCUCUCUCUCUUCAUCUUUCCCUUCUUCUUCUUCUUCUUCUUCUUCUUCUUCUUCUCACUCUCCCUUUCUCUCCCUCUCUCCUUCUACUCUCUCUUUCUUUACUUUAUCUCCGUUUACCCCUUUCUCUAUUCUAUCUCGCGUUCUAUUUCUUUUUUCUAAUCGUUUCCUCUCAUUUCUUACUUUCUUUCUUUUUUGUUUCACUCUUUCUUUCUCUAUCUCUCUACCCACACUCUCUUUAUACUCCGACUCCUUUUCCCUUUUCUCACUCACUCUUUCUCUCUUUUUCUCUCUCUCUCUCUCUCUCUCUCUCUCUCUCUCUUAA